AUCCACAGGGAGCCUAUAUAAACUCUGACAGUUGUCAAGUGGCGAACACUGGCUGUUUGCACUCGGGAGCGACGCAAUUUUGGGAGAUUUACAGCAAUAGAUACCCAGAAAUACCCAAAUAGUAACAAUGUCUCAUGCAUGGGGAUACGCACCGGACAAUGGACCCGACAAAUGGUGUGAAGGCUUCCCAAUUGCCAACGGACCCCGCCAGUCUCCCAUUGACAUCGUACCUGGGGAGGCUGCCUUCGACGCAGCCUUGAAGGCGCUCACUUUGAAGUACGACCCUUCCACCUCCAUUGACAUUCUCAACAACGGACAUUCCUUUCAAGUGACCUACACCGACGACAACGACAACUCAACUCUGACAGGGGGGCCCAUUUCGGGGACGUACAGGCUAAAGCAGUUCCACUUCCACUGGGGCGCCAGCGACGACAGGGGUUCUGAGCAUACCGUGGCCGGGACCAAGUAUGCUGCCGAGCUCCACCUGGUACACUGGAACACCAAGUACCCCAGCUUUGGUGAUGCUGCUAGCAAGUCUGAUGGCCUUGCUGUUGUAGGAGUCUUCCUCCGGGUUGGAAAUGAAAAUGCCAAUCUUCAGAAGGUCCUUGAUGCUUUUGAUGCCAUUAAAGCCAAGGGCAAGCAGACCUCUUUUGAGAAUUUUGACCCCACCAUCCUGCUCCCCAAGUCCCUAGACUACUGGACUUACGACGGCUCCCUGACCACACCUCCUCUGCUGGAGAGUGUCACCUGGAUCGUCUGCAAGGAGCCAAUCAGCGUCAGCCCUGCCCAGAUGGGCAAAUUCCGGUGCCUGCUUUUCUCUGGAGAGGGCGAGGCCGCCUGCUGCAUGGUGGACAACUACCGCCCCCCUCAGCCCCUCAAGGGCCGCGCUGUGCGUGCAUCCUUCAAAUAAAUCCCCCUGCCCCCCAAUCCCCUCCCCUGCUUAGUGAGACACCCAGGCGUGCCUCCCCUGCAGUAAGACUCAGAGCACAUGUACUGUAUGUCUGCCCUUACAUUUUUUAGAAGGACGAAAUCCCUCCUUUCCUGUCUCCCCAUUCCUACCAGUGCAGGGUUGCCCUGCUGUGAUGUGACGUGGGAAGAGGAAACAGUUGAGGCAUUGACCUUUUUUGUAUCCCCUCUCCUCUCUUGAGUGAUAACAAGCCAGAGAAGCCCUGAUGUACUUCACAAGAGAAGCACUCCACAGUGGUGGCUAUAAUGUGACAGAUUUACCGGGAUUUCGCCUGCGGUGCCAAUGUUGUAGACAGCUACUGGGCUCUGUAGUUUUUCAUAGAUAGAUAGAGGAUGUGUCAACAAACAAACAAAGCUUGCGAAGAGGCUAAGACUAUAGAAAUGUAGCUGGGAUCAUGUAAUGGAUGAUUCAGUUGGAGAAAGACAAGCAGACCUGACUAGCAGUCAGUGGCAGGCCUGGGGUGGAUGAAACUGCUUCACCAUCUGUGAGUAGGGCCACACACACACACACACACACACACUGCCAGUCUGUCUUUAAUCUCUGAUUGACUGCCUGCCUCAGGAUCACGGCAGCUUAAUGAAACACAGUGGUCACUUCCAUCACACCCAAUUGAACCAGAACAUCCUCCUCUGGAACACACACACACCCACAUACACAUACACAGGCCUACAGUCAUUGACCUGCUCAUUGAUUUUCAUACUUAGCAUGCCUACAGUGCAUACCCAAUAUACAGACACACAUUGACAUACAUACAAGCACACACACAUAAUUGGAGGUUACAGCUACAAACUGUUAGCAAUUGUGCUCUGUCAUGACAAUGACUUUGCAUUCCUGUGUUUUUAUAGCAAAGCCUCAUCUUCAAUCAUUUGUUUUAUUUGUUUGUUCCUCUUGGUGUUAUUAGCAAUAUUAAUGGAUUUAUUUUUUCAAUAUUUAAGUGAUUCCUGAAUUGUGUUUUGCAACUGAAAGCUCCUCUAUACUUGUAGUAUUGUCUUGAUGACAUGACAACAGGAGGGUUAGGUUAUGACCCUUUUCAGACAUUCUGAAUUGUGUAAUGGAAUAUCCGUCUAAGCAUUGUUUUGCAAGCCCCUAUGUAUUGUUGUAACGUUUCGAACGCACAGUCGCUUUGUGCGAUGCCAUAGGGCACUACAGCCAAGGAAGAAUCAACCCGCCAACUGAUAAGCUUUGUAGUGGUAGUGGGGUGUCAGGUCCUUUUAGGCCAGAUUACUAAUGACGAAGGGUCACCUUUAACUUUGGGACUACAGAAUCAUGCUCUUUUUUUUUUAAAUUUUGAAUGCAAGUGAAAUUAUGAAUCAUGUCUGUCAAAAACGGAUGACUGUAUUUGAUAAUGAAAUUGAGUUUAAAAGCAUUAUGCAAAGCACAAAUUAAAGGGCCACCCAAAAACAGCAAGACUUACUCACAGGAAGUGGAAGUUUUAUCAGUUGAAUAAAUAUAUUUGAUGACUA